UUAAAACGUAUGGUCAAAUCAUCUGUUUGCAAUUAUGAUUUUUUUGAAAGUGUGCAUCAUCUGUUUGCAAUUAUGAGCUCGUUUAAAGUCAUGCAAUUAUGAGUUUUUGAACAGUUUGCAUCAGCUUUUUUUGUAUGGUCACAUCCCUCAUAUUUAACACAUAGUGCAGCAUGCAAUAAUAUCAAUGGAUUUAUGCAGUAGCUUGUUCAGAGAAUCAUUCAUUACUUUAUUGCUCAUUGAUAGAUUGACUGCAUACCAAUAAGUGGACACAAAAAUUGCAUGCACUAUUGAAGCACAGUGGUUAACUUUGAAAUUCGUCCUUAAAAGCUGAAGCAUUUGUGGUUGCCUAUCCACAAAACCAUCAUCACUUGAAAAAACCUCAUUGGCAAGCUAUCAGAAAACCAAAACCACCAAAAGCAAACCACUCCAAAAAAACCAAAACAAAGAUGGACGGUUACGUAAACGUCAAUUUCUUCUGGGGAGGUGAAAUCAUAAAACAAGAUAACGAUGUUCUCUACACCUUAGAUCCGAAAGAAAUGAUGUAUGUGAAAUUGAGCAGCUCACUUGAAGAACUACGAGAUAUGGUGUUCGGGUUGAUGCAUAUAAGUAGGCAUCAUUGGGAUGUCAAGCUUAGUGUGAAAUAUCCUCGAAUCGGGGUUAGUAACCUCGUUUCGGGGUUCUUUGUGAAGUCUGUUAAAUCGGACGACGAUGUUCGUAGGAUGUUAAGUAUCCCCGAGAGAUUUCACUUGGGUGGAGACGUAUCAUUGUUUAUCGAGGCCGAGAGUAUUGCUCAACCCAGCCAACACUAUGGAGGCGAGUAUGGGGGGAACUAUGGACAAACCGGACAAACCGCUGCAGGUGGCCAAGUUUCAAAUUAUGUUGAAAACUACGGUGGGAGUUUUGGAGGCGAUUAUGGGGGAAACUAUGGACAAAGCCAGGGCAUGCAAGGGUGGUCUAGCGGCUACAACUACGGGACGAUUGGAGAGUAUGGUGGUGGCUCGAGUAAUACGGGUCGUUUUGUUGUUGAAGAGGUUGUGGACGAGGACGAUUUGAGUGGUAGACAGCCAUCACCGGCUCGUCAAACCCCGAAAAGAGGUGCAGCUAUAGCUCUUGCACUGGAGAACCAGGAGGAUGAUGAAGAGUAUGGCUCGGAAAGAGCCAUAAGCAGCAGUGACGAUUCGGAGUGGAAUCUAUCACAGGAGGAUGUUCCGGAAAGUGAAGAUUUUUCGGAGGUUGAUUCCGAUGAAGAAAGAGAGGGAAACAUGCACUUGCAAACACAGGCAUUGUCUAUUCAUGAACCUAGAGCUGCAUGGUUUGGAUCCCAGGAUUACGAGCCUGUGAUUGUGUCCAACAAGGACGCAGUUAUGUCACUCGGGUUUGAUCCCGCCAACGAUGAGUUGACCGAAGGAGCUCUAUUUGCUACCAAGGAAGUGCUCAUAGCUGCUGUGAAACAUGCACACAUAAGUACAGAUCGAAAUUUCAUCGUGGAGAAAAGCUCCACGCAAGUCUACAAAGUUAAAUGUGUGGUUUCAAACUGCAAGUGGAAGCUAAGGGCCGCGAAGAAGAAGUCCCACGGCCUUUUUCAAAUAACUAAAUGUCCAGAGAUUCACACAUGCCUACUGGAUAGACCCACGCAGGACCACCGCAAAAUUUCAGCAAAAAUGAUUGGCUAUGUGGUUGCUCCCUACAUCUCCCAGACCCCUCAAUUGAAGGUAAGCAACAUCAUCACAAUGGUCAAUGAUGAGUACCACCAUUUGGUUAGUUACUUGAAAGCAUGGAGGGGGAAGAUGGCCGCCAUGGAAAGCGUUUAUGGAAGCUGGAAGACAACCUACAACGAGCUCCCUCGGUUCCUUAAUGUCAUGGCCAGUACAAAUGUCGGAAGUAUAGUUGUGGUUGAGGUUGUUCCACAUCAUAAAGAGAGGGGUACAUCGACAUUUGUUCGUGCAUUUUGGUGUCUAAAAGCAAUGAUUGAUGGUUGGCAGUAUGCACGGCCAGUUAUUUCCAUUGAUGGUACAUUUCUUAAGGGAAAAUAUAAUGGGAAAUUGCUGGUCGCGGUGGGAGUCGACUCUAAUAACCACCAAUAUCCCAUAUGCUUCGCCCUUGUUGAUGAGGAAACAACUGAAAAUUGGUCUUGGUUUCUACGUCUUUUACGUAGACAUGUAUGCCGAGAUAGAUUGGGGGUUUGUAUUAUAUCUGACCGUGCGACGGGGAUCCUUGCUGCAAUGAAUGACGAAGCGAGUGGUUUUACCCCGCCGAUGGGCUAUCACAGAUUCUGCCUCCAUCAUGUUAGGAGCAACUUCUCCAAGGCAUUCCCGGGAAAGGAGCUUAAAAUGUUAAUGUGGCUAGCCGGCAAUACGCCACAGAUUAGGAAAUAUGAUGCCUACAUGAAGAAGAUUGGAGAGCUUUCGCCUCAAGGCUUGAGGUGGUUGCUAGGGAUAAGUCCAGCCCUCUGGACUAUUUGUCAUGACACAGGCCACGCUCGUUUCGGCCAAGCUACCACAAACAUCACGGAGAGCUUUAAUGGUAACGUGCGCGUGGCUCGGCACCUACCUGUGACCGCAAUGAUUGAAUUCAUGUUUUAUAAAACUGUUAGGACGGUCAAUAAGGAGAGGAACGCAGUGCUUGAGGGCAUUGGGGAGGGUCAUGAACUUUGUCUAAGGACGAGAAAUAAGUUGGAGAAGAUUGCAGCCAAAGCUAACACACACCGGGUCGAGACAUUUAAUAGAGGAACCGGUUUGUUCUCCGUAAAGACGCAAAGGUACAUGGUAAAAGGGUGCAAUAAGGGCGGGAACACGCAGGUGGUUGACAUAACUCAGCGUACAUGCACUUGCGGGAAAUGGGCUUGCCACCGCCUACCGUGUUCACAUUUGAUUGCUGCUUGCAACCACAAUCACUUAAACUGGAAACAGUGGAUUGGCCCCUUCCACUUCAACUCUACUUUGUUGAAAUUGUGGGAGCCAAUGAUAUAUCCAUUACCAGCAACUGGGUAUUGGGAUAUUGAUUUGCCAGUGCAAUGGAGAAUGUUUGGAACUGUGGUACCGAACGAGGCCUUGCGAAAGAGAAGGCGUAAACGAGGAGAAAGGGGUCAAUCCGUCAGAAUACGCACGGAGAUGGACAGUUCCCGUACAAGUCACAAAUGUGGCCGCUGCAAGCAAGAAGGACACACUAGACGUAGUAAAAGGUGUCCAUUGUACAAUGUUGACCCUACUGUGUAAUUUACUUGCCAUUUUCUUUUUAGUCCUUGUUUUUAAUUGUUAAUUUGUAUUUUCCUUUUCAGUCCUUGUUUUUUAUUGUUACUCUGUAUUUUUCUUUCGUUUUUUAUUGUUAAUCCAAUUUUGUUAAUUAAUUUAAUGUAAUGGUGUUGAAGCAAUAAAUAAACUUCAAGGAAACAGAAGCAUUCGGGACAAGAUAUUACAUGCUGGCAAAAGAAAGGCUGUAAAGAAAAGAUUCUGCUCAGUUAAAGGACAAUAUAUAAUAAAGUAAAGUGAUGUGAAAAGAAAGGCUGUAUAGAUUAGACUACACACUGGCAAACCAUAGCAAGCAACGAAAUAAUGCUCAUAUUCACAUGAUCAACAGUUGUAUCUCAUAAUGCUGAUAUUCACAUGAUCAACAGUUGUAUCUCAUAAUGCUGAUAUUCACAUGAUCAACAGUAGUAUCUGAUAAUGCAGAGGGUCACAUGGUGUACAGUAGGUCAUAAAGUAAAGGUUCUGCAAAAGUAAAGUGCCUCACUGUAAAGAUUAGACUGUACAAAGUUUCUCACUUUAUAGAUUAGACCCACGUUUUCAUACUGCCAAACCAUAGCAUGCAUUGAAAGAAAAGAUUCAGCUCAUUUAAAGGACUUGUCAAUUCAAAAAUUGACAAGUCCUUUAAAUAUAUUCAGCUAAACAAUAAUCCAUUCGCCUAUAAAUAGGUCUUCAUUAUGGUUGAUACACAUACAAGCAACUAAACAAACACAAAAUUCACUCAUCACUUAAGCUGAAAAUGGAUAAGGGCAAGGCACCAAUGGAUAAGGGGAAAGCACCAAUGACCCCCGGCUGCGAAAAACGCCUCAAACAGCAACAAGAUAGGAGACAGCCGGAGCUU